CAAUAGCCUAACAAAGUCUAUUCAGCUGUCUUUGCAAGUCUCUCUACAGUUAAGUAACAGCCGAAAUCUAAUGAGACAGGGAUGGAAAUCGAUUUGAAGGAGAAGACAUUUGUCGAAGUCGACGGCACCAACUCAGGAGACGGCGGUGGAGAAGACGGCGCCGGCAGCGGAGAUGAUUUGUUGCUGGCUGUAGGAGAGGGAGGCGGAAGCGGCCAAGCAUGUAGAGACAGAGUUAAAGGCCCUUGGUCCCCUGAAGAGGAUGCGAUCCUCAGUCGAUUAGUCAGCAAAUUUGGCGCCAGGAAUUGGAGCUUGAUCGCCCGAGGAAUCGCCGGGAGAUCUGGUAAGUCUUGCCGGCUCCGGUGGUGUAAUCAGCUUGACCCGGCUGUUAAGCGCAAGCCAUUUACUGAUGAGGAAGAUCAUAUCAUAGCUGCGGCCCAUGCAGUUCAUGGAAAUAAAUGGGCAGUAAUUGCAAGACUUCUACCGGGUAGAACAGAUAAUGCUAUUAAGAACCAUUGGAAUUCUACUCUAAGACGGAGAAGCACAGAGCGUGAGAGGUUAAGGUUGGCGUCUGGAAAUGUGGACCAAGAUGCUACCUUGGACAAAGCCAAAGCAUCAUCUGAAGAAACUCUGUCUUGUGGGGAUGCAAAUUCAUUUAAAUCUUUUGAAGGAAAAGACGGAAGCUCUUUGGAUAAUAUGAAUGAUCAGUGCGAAGAAAAAGCACCAUUAGAGGUUCCAUCAAAUAAUGAAGCAAAAGAAUCAUCUACGCUUUUCCGUCCCAGGGCACGUGUUAGUGCAUUCAGUGUUUAUAAUCCUGUGGACGGCCCAGAAAUUGGUUCACCAUGUUCAAGGCCAGUUCCAAUGGUAGGACCUUUGAUUCAAGCUUCAAUACCAGAUGAUGGAAUUUGCAAAUUGCUUGAUGGGAUUUACAAUGAGCGGUUGGUUCCUCAGCAGUGUGGCCAUGGCUGUUGUGAGGCCCAAAAUGGUAAUAAUCCUCGGAAUUCUUUGUUGGGUCCAGAAUUUGUGGAUUUCCUAGAUCCCCCAUCUUUUCCAAGUUUUGAGUUGGCUGCCAUAGCAACAGAUAUAAGUAACCUUGCUUGGCUCAAAAGUGGAUUGGAGAAUAACAGUGUCAGAGUCAUGGGUGACACUGCUGGCAGAAUAGCACCCUAUGGAUCUCAAGCGCAAAUGGGGCAUCUUUAAGAAAGCAGGGUGAGUGGUAAUUUCCUUAUUGACAAGGGAAAGCAAGUUAAUGGGUGUCGCAACCAACAUGAUAUGAUCAUAGAUUGGUAGCCCUUUUCAUUUUGCACUGGUUAUCAUCAGGGUUUUGGAUUGAGGUGAACAAUGGCAUCUCCAUGUUUAACUGGGGUUGCUAAAAGACAACAUAUUUAUAAGAAGGAUAUAUACUGAGCUAGGUAUUAUAUUGUCGAAAGAGCUAUAUCUUCCCCCCAUCAGAAACUUCCCAUUUAUAUUUAAAAACGUCGGAAGAAAGAAGAGAAAGUUGCAACAGAUCUUUCUGUCGUAUUUUACUUAUCUUAGGUGCCUAAGUUUGUCCCUCCCCAAUGGAAGAAUGACAGCAUUAUUAUUAUUAUUAUUAUUAUUAUUUCUUGGUACAGAAGACCUAAGCAAUGAAACGUGGUUUCUUUGGUUGAGGCAAUGUAGGAUAUUACCAUUGUUGUAUUGGGGGAUAAAUGCAAGAGAAUGGGGAGUGCUAUCCAUUCAAGCUACAAAUAGAACUGGUUAUUUAAAUACAUUAGCUAUAUUUCAUGAA